CGUCGCCCUUCAUUGAACAAAGGCUAUCGAAAGGAAGAAGCCAUGUUCAAUUGCAUUAGCUUCGAUCAACGAUCACGCACUCUUGUGGUAACUAAUAGUGCCAGAAUAUCUAUUUUUGCUCUACAUUUGAACAUGCCAAGCAAAAAUUCGGAGAGGCUCGACUUGUUUAAUCAAUCCAACUUGAUGGGCAAUGGACAGUUUGAAUACGAUUCUAUAACAACCCAGGAUGAAUUUUCCAUCUUAAAUUCGGUGCAGUUUGAUUACAUGAUAGAAUUUCCGGUAAAUCAGUUAAUUGGUAGCUUCGUUAUAAUACCGGAUACUACAUCUUCCAAUGGAUUUUCGUUAUAUUGUAUUCAAUCUAAGGCAGUACAACAAUAUUGCAUAAGCGGAGAUUUGUUAUUACCUCCGAAUAUUGAUGCGUGUCCCGAAUAUGUAAGCGCAGAGAGAGUUCUUGAUCGACAGCGGCAGGACGAUGAAGACGAUGUCAAAAAAGAGCAAGGUGCUAUUUAUUCAGAGUCACUUGAGUUUUCGUCAAAUGCUGAAAGCACUAAUGUCGAAGAAAGCAUUGCUGAAAAAGACACUAACAAAGAAACAUUAGUGGUCGAAAAUUCAUAUUUCGCAGGUGAUGGACCCGAAGUAACUUCUGUAACUUCUGAGGUUGAUGAAUCUACGUCGACCGGAAAGCAAGAUAUGAUAAUAGAAGGAAAUAUGUCGGAAUCGACGUAUUUACCCGAUGAGAGUGAAGCAAAAAACGCAGAAAAUCAAAAAACGACUAAUAUCAAAUUGUCCACGGCUGUCAAUGGUGCUAUAGCCAAAUUAAAAGAGAAAAAGAAAACAAUUGCCGCGACGAGUACUGCAACAGUGGUUCAGAAUGCAGAUAUAUCUUCAGAUUCAGAAAAGACUUCAAGGAGGAAAGAAUCGCGUCGAGGAUUGGAAAAGGAAAAGGACAACGAAAAUUUUAUUCAAUCUUCAGAGGUUACUAACAAAUCUGCUGGCAAAAAGUCCGCUGAAGGAAUCCCGAAGAACGGAAA